UCUCUGUUAGACACAGAGAAGAGGUAGCUGCUUAACCAUCAUGGAGAUUCUCCUCAGUAAAAUGUUUACCUAAAAUUUGCCAUUUUCAUUCGGCCCUUUCACACUUGUAGUUUACCUCAAAACAAAGGAGUAUAAAGAAGAGGCAGUCUUGAACUCAGCUGGUUCUUCUCAUUUUGAGUCAUGCCACAUCAGCAAAUGAAGGUCUCGAAAGCUUGACUUCAUCCCCAUCAUUAAGGUCGACUCUACUUUGAGGAGGCAGCUCUUUCCCAGUUGUCUUUUGAGUGUCUUCCAACCUAGGGGGCUCAUCUUCCAGCACUGUAUCAGACAGUGUUUUGCUGCUAUUCAUAAGAUUUUCACUGGCUAAUUCUUUUCAGAAGUAGACUGCCAGGUCCUUCUUCCUGGUCUGUCUUAGUCUGGAAGUUUAGCUGAAACCUGUCCUCCAUGGGUGACCCUGCUGGUAUCUGAAUACCGGUGGCAUAGCUUCCAGCAUCACAGCAUCACAGCAACACACAAGCCCCAAAGUAUGACAAACUGACAGACACGUGGGGGAUUGGAGGAGGACUCAUUAACAACCUGCAUUACGCAGAUGACAUAACCUUGCUUGCUGAAAGUGAAGAGGACUUGAAGCACUUACUGAUGAAGAUCAAAGACCACAGCCUUCAGUAUGGAUUAUACCUCAACAUAAAGAAAGCAGAAAUCCUCACAACUGGACCAAUAAGCAGCAACAUGAUAAAUGGAGAACAGAUUGACAUUGUCAAGGAUUUCAUUUUACUUGGAUCCACAAUCAGCACCCAUGGAAGCAGCAGUCAAGAAAUCAGAAGACUCAUUGCAUUGGGUAAAUCUGCUGCAAAGUCACUGUGAAGACUAAGGUGUGCCUGACCCAAGCCAUCCUAUUUUUAAUUGCAUCAUAUGCAUGUGAAAGCUGGACAAUGAAUAAGGAAGACUGAAGAAGAAUUGCUACCUUUGAACUGUGGUGUUGACAAAGAAUAUUGAACAAAUCUGUAUUGGAAGAAGUGCAGCCAGAAUGCUCCUUGGAAGCAAGGAUGGCAAGACUGCAUCUUACAUACUUUGGACAUGUUGUCAGGAGGGAUCAGUCCCUGGAGAAGGACACCAUGCUUGGUAAAGUAGAGGGUCAGCAGAAAAGAGGAAGACCUUCAACGAGAUAGACUGUGACACAGUGGCUGCGGCAAUGGGCUCAGCCAUAAUGAUUGUGAGGAUGGGGCAGGACCGGGCAGUGUUUCAUUCUGAUGCGCAUAAGGUUGCUAUGAGUGGGAAUCAACUUGACAGGACCUAACAAUGACCACAAUCUUGAACUCAUUUAGCACCCCACUUGAAUUUUAGGAUUCCAGUCUCCCUAGACCUUUUUCUGGUUGCUUUGAUUUAUGGCGAGUGAUAUAAACCGCUAUGCAGAAGUCCUGCAAAACUUCAAAAAUCCUGAUAUUCCCAGAGCAAAGGGAAGAAGGAACCACAUGAGGAAAUUAUUACUAAAGGUGCCUGCCAGCCUUUCGAUCUAUGUUCUUUAACAGAUGGAUUGUGCCUGCUGAUGAGACAAACCACAGUCUGGAGAACACGUGGUCCCUGCUGUCUCAGGAAGAGAUUCAGGGUUUGUUUUUUUUUUUUUAAGGGGAGGCAGAAAAGCGGUUGGGUGAGGAAUGGUUAGUAGACUGGUGGCAUCUCUUCUGGCAUCUCUUCUGAGCUUUAGAACAUGAUUUCCAAAUAUUUCAUAUGAACAGCCACAACUGAGUAUUCUGCAGAAAAAUCAACGUGUAAAACUCAUUGCCUUUUCCACUCUUCCUGGUCUUAAACCUUUCAUGCUCCCGCACAGAUACAAAGGUACCCCUAAUUGGUGGUUCCUCCUGUUUUUAAGUGGAAACUAGUCACUUAGUUACCCAACCUAGGAAAGCUAUCAUUCAUCUUGUGUCACCACCAUCACAAUACAUACAUGCGAUUUGUUUCUGAGUUCUACACAGUUUUAUCUUUAACUGUUCUCCAUCCAUUCUCAUACCUCAUUCCCUCUCCUACCAGAUGGUUCAGGCCUCUAUCUCUUGCCUGGGCUCAUGGAGUAAUGGCCUCCUGAUAGUCUCACCUCUGGUCUUUUCCUCUUCCAAUCUAGUCCCUCCAUUUUGUCAUCAGUUAUCUUUUUAAAGCACAGGAGCAUUACAGUACUUAGCAUUCAGCAGAUUUUCUGGCCUAAAAAACCGUAGAUUCCCAUUAUCUAUAUGAUAAAGUUCAAAUUCCUUAACAUGACACUAGAUCCAUUGUGAUCUGGAUGUAUUCUACCUUUCUGAUCUUACCUCCCUCCACUAACCCUCUUUACCAGGCAUAAUGUGUUCCAGCCACACUAACCACUAAAUUUAUUUUCACCUUUGUUUGUGUAUUAUACUGUUUCCUCUACCUGAAAUAUUCUUGCUUUCCUAACAAAAGCUAGUCACCUUUUAAUGUCUAAUUCAAAUGUCAACUAGAUAAAGCCUUUUCUAACUGCCCGGACAGAAUUACUCUGCACUCCAUGCUUCGAUUUACUUUGUUCCUGUGACUGUUGUCUUUAAUCACAUGUCACUGGGUUUGGUUCUGUCUAGACUAUGUUCUCAAGUACAAAUUGUGUAUUGUACCCUUAAGGUUUAGUAUAAUGUCUGGCGUGUUAUAUACCCACUAAAUGGUGAAUUAAUUAGGGAUGAAGAGGAAGAAGAGAAAAGGGAUGGGGUGGUGGAUAGACUAGGAAUUACUUAAUCAAGUAGCGUAGUUCCUCCUCAUAUUCCGUUUCCCCUGCCCAUUUCAGGAGACGCAUGGCCUAUUGGAAUAGAACUAAGAUCUAAAGGCGGCUAAUCAGAGUAACAAAGUAUGCAGUGUAAUGAUCAAGAGCAGUGGCUUUAGAGUCAGGCCUGGAUCUGUAGACCGUGGAAAGUAACCUUUCUGAUUUUUACCUUCCUCGUUGUGCACUGAGGAUAACAACAGUACCAACCCCAUAAGGAAAUUGUGAUUUAAUAAGUUAAUUUCUAAAGCACUUUCACACCAUAAAAAACCCAUUGCUGUGGAGUGGAUUCCGACUCAUAGCGACCCUAUAGACAGAGUGGAAUUGCUCCAUAGGAUUUCCAAGGAGCAGGUGGUGGAUUCAAACUGCAGAUCUUUUGGUUAGCAGCCAGUCCCUUAAGCACUGCACCACCAGGGCUCCUUCACAUCCUAAAUGGUAAGCAAGUAAUGCUUCCAGAUAUCCUUCUCCAACACCACAAAGGUACAUACUCUGCUAUAUAAUUUCCUAUAGAAGAAUCUAACACGACUAAAAUUUAAUGAUGGGAAAUCAGAACUGGAUUCCCUUCACGUUGCCCCCAAUAAUGCCCUUCUUCCUGUAUGAGAAUGGAUUCAAAUCUCAGUCAGAAAACUUGAGUUAAGGUUAUCUUUAAUGGCUUUUCACUCCUCACUCAAUAUUAAGGGAAGUCCAGUGACCAGGUAUGUAUGGAGAGAAUUGAUUUGCCACUGGUCCCAGGAGGUAACCUUGUCACAAAGCCAAGGGACGCCCAGUCACUCGAUUCAGGCAAUGAAUGAGGGCGCUUGCGCAGUGGAGUCCAGAGCAGGGGAAGCGGGCGCCUGCGCAGAGAGGGAGUGGUCGUCCGCUCCCCGCCUCGUCUCCGCCAAGCCGCGCCCGCGCAGUUAAGAGACAGCGCCUGCGCGGUAGUGGCCAAGGAGGCUGUGGCGGCAGCGGCAAUGGAACCAGCGGAGCAGCUGAACGAAUUAGUGUCAGCCGAGGGCCGAAACCGGAAGGCGGUGCUGUGCCAACGUUGUGGCUCCCGGGUGCUGCAGCCAGGGACCGCUCUCUUCUCCCGCCGACAGCUUUUCCUUCCCUCCAUGAGAAAGAAGCCAGCACUGGCUGAUGGCAGCAAUCCUGAUGGUGAUCUCCUCCAAGAGCACUGGCUGGUUGAUGACAUGUUCAUCUUUGAGAACGUGGGCUUCACCAAGGACGUGGGCAACAUCAAGUUUCUGGUCUGCGCAGACUGUGAAAUUGGGCCAAUUGGUUGGCAUUGCCUAGAUGACAAGAACAGUUUCUAUGUGGCCUUGGAACGGGUUUCCCAUGAAUAACUGAGGGGAAGGGACCUCAGUUGUACCCCCAACUAUACAAACUACUCCCCACAAGAACUGGCAUUUAACCUGUCAUACUUGUUCUGCAGCCUUCUCUGUACUAAUAUAAAAUUAUGAGUACCAGCAGGUCCACUGGAACAUGCAAAGAAUUAAUACUCAAGUGCAUGCCUCUUGCUUAGUUUGCUUUGCAUCACAUUUCCUAAUCUCCCUGUCUCCCAGUUUUGGGACACUCCACCAAUCUCUCCACAGCCUUGCCGUUCUUCUCGAGCUCCAUCCUACCCAGGGGCUCCCUUGUUACUUGCUCUAGAAGAGCAGUAUCAACCUUUUAGCCACGAUGGCCCACAACAAAUGAUGCACAUGUGCUGGCAUUUGAAACCCCACCUUUUCCUCUCUCGCUGAAGAAAGCAUACAGAUGUCUGAGAGUGGCUUUGUUUUAUGGCUAGCCUUGUAUCUACAGUGUUUAAACCACUAAUCAGAAACAUCACUUUGGACACACCUCUAACACCAUGUUUGAGAGCUUCUUCUCUAAGUUGAUGGUAACAUUGUAUUGUUAAGAUGAACUUGGCCCCUCUUCCCUUAAGGUCCUGAUGAGGUUUUUCUAUGUUAACUCCUCACUCCUCUAGCCUGUAAGUUUAAAAUCAGAUUUGCAACCCUAUUUGGCAGCCACUGCAAAGAAAACUCAGUCCUAGCUGUUUUCCCAGGAUCUCUUGCAAUUAGAGUAGAAGGUAUGGGAUAUAUAAGGGAUAGGCCUUUGCCAAAUUAUACGAGUUUAUAGGUCUGUCUCAUCUGAACAGGUAACUUUUUUCCUUCGUUCUUAGGAAAGACUUCUUAAACAGAUAGGAUUAUCAUUUACUGAACUUGCUGGCUAUGUUCCUCACAGAGUUUUUUGGUUCAGUUGGAAUCGUGAUAUCAAUCGUCAGUACAAACUUUCCAUUCAAACGCCACUAUUCCUGUGGCUGUGGGGUUGCUCUAACAGUUGGGUAUUAUCAUGAUUACUUGUUUAACCUUGAACGUGAUUUCCAAUUGUUCUGCCAUUUCUCUUUUGAAAUGACUCAACAUCUUAGAAGGAAUCUGUACAAUCAGGUUUCAGGAAUCCUCCCGUCAUCUCUGCCUCUAAGAUUCAAGGGGCCUAGAAUUGAAAUAAGGACUAAAUAAAGACUUUACUUCAGUCCAUUCAUUUGUAUCUGUUUUCUGGUUGCUUCUUCCAUCACCCCAAAACUUACUCUAAGGAUGCCCCAUUAAGUGGGGACCACGGACACAGUUCUGCAGCCAACCUUGUUGUUAGUUGCCAUUGAGCCGAUUCCAUCUCAUGGUGACCCCUCAGUUGCAGAGUAGAACUGUGCUCCAUAGGGUUUACAAGGUGUGACCUUUGGGAAGCAGAUCACCAGACCUGUCUUCCAGUGUGCCUCUGGAUAGGUUUGAACUGCCAACGUCUUGGCUAGUAGUCAAGCGCUUAACUGUUUGUGCCACCCAGCGAUUCCACAACUAACCUGUUCCCCUAGAAAAGUGGUUCCCUUCCUUGUGAGGGAGCGUGAAUGACCUCUAGUAGAAAAUGAGAGCUGUGCUUUCCAGGCAAAUGGUCAUGUCCAUUAUGGCAUUUGUAGAAAAUCAACUGUGAGAAUUAUCCAUUCAGGUCAGAAGGGACAAAACCAAGUAGAUGCCUCUAGGAGCAUAAGGCCCCUCACAUCACAGAUCAAACCUAGGCAAAGCAUUUUCUUUUUUUAAUUAGGUUUUUUCUUUGUAAUUUUUUUUUUUUUAAUCACAGAAGUAGUACAUGCUCGUUGCAGAUAAAUUAAAAAAUGGGUAUAAAGUUUUUUAAAUCAGAGAUUGCUGGUGGUAAUGUGUGGACCCUCAGUGUUUUUCUACAUGUAUAUAUAUAUGGACUCAGAUAUACCAACAGUUGUGAGGACAGCGCAGGGCCGGGCAGUGUUUUGUUCUGUUAUACGUGAGCUUGCCGACGAGAAGGAGCCAACUCGAUGGCAACUAAGAGCAACAACACAGUUUUUUAAACAAGUAUGAGAUCAUACUGUACCCUUUUAUAACUUGCUUUUUUCAUUUAACAAAACAGGAUAAACAUCCCAUGUCAGUAGACAUCCAUCUGUGUACACGAUUGUUUUCAGUAUUCCAUUGUAUUACUGUUGGGAAACGCUGGUGGCGUAGUGGUUAAGUGCUACAGCUGCUAACCAAAAGGUCGGCUGUUCAAAUCCACCAGGCACUCCUUGGAAACUCUGUGGGGGCAGUUCUGCUCUGUCCUACGGGGUCACUAUGAGUCAGAACCGACUCGAGGGCAACAGGUUUGGUUUUCUGGUUUUGUACUGCUGUACUAUAGUUAAUGUAACCAAUCCGCUAUUAGGUUGUCUCCAGUUUCUUACUCUUAGAAACAUUGGUAUAACGUGCAACCUUGUAGUUAAAUCAGUAUACACAUUCUUCAUUAUUUUCUUGGCAUUCAUUAUUAGAAAUGGAAUUGCCGGGGGUGCACGUCUCCAAAAUUUUGCUCUAUUGACCCAUAUUGCUCCAAAAAACUCAUGCCAGUUUACCAUCCUCUGGGAGUGUUAACGAGCAGUCCUUUCUCUGAACCUUUACUAACACUGGGUAUUUAUUAUCAUAAAAAUAUUUUAUCUAUUUAACAGGAGGAAUAAAUAGUAUCUCAUUGUUUUAAUUUACAUUUAUUUGUAAUGAAAUUUUUGUAUCCUUGUUGGUCAUUCAUUUUAUUUAUUUAUUUUUUUUGAGAAUUGUCAAACAUUGUUGCCCCAGAAUCCGAAACUAUCGAGUUGCUAUUCUGCCGUUUUCAGUUUCAUUUGAAAGAAAGAAAAGCAUUUAAACAGUGGAAAUUAGAUUCCUGUAGUCCCAUAGAGUUUCCAAGGCUGUAAUCUUUGGAAAACUUGGUGGCAUAGUGGUAAAGUGCUAUGGCUGCUAACCAAAAGGUCAGCAGUUCAAAUCCACCAGGUGAUCCUUGGGAACUCUAUGGGGCAGUUCUACUAUGUCCUGUAGGGUCAAUAUGAGUCGGAAUUGACUCGACGGCGAUGGGACAUCCUUGGGAAGAAUAUACAAUUAGAAAAAGCAGAAGAGAGCAGAAGCCUGAACCUUAGGGUUUAUCUUGAAGUCUGUCAGCUAAUUAACCAAUCAGCUAGUGUUUGGUAUAAAAUGAGAAUGCCAUCUCUUCAUUCCUUUCACACAUAAUAGACUCUCAAUACAUACUUGUGCAUCAGUUAACUGCCGUGUGCCCUCAGUAGGUGGAGGUAACCUUACUUGCUGCUGUGAGUAUAAAAAUCUGCAGCUCCUGUUGGGGAAAGCAUUUGAUUUUGCCAAGGCGUAGUUGUUACUACUAAACUGUUUGUUUGUUUUUCAACAGAAGCAAAGAUGAUCAAGGGUGUAUUGACAUUUUACAUGUUGCUACCUUGUUGAGACUACUCAGGUAACUCCAACAUAACUCCUGAAGGACUUCUGUGCCUGGUAAUGGUGGCUAGGUGAUUUGUUCUGACCACCCCACAGAGGGCAACUAGGAAAGCUAGACAAAAUAUUUUAAACAUCUGUUUGAAGGCAUCAAAGAACUAACAUGACUACAGAAUUACUGGACCAGGACCACUGAGAAGAUGGAGGUCCUGGGAGGUGAGCUCAGUGGUAUGGGCCAGUAUUCUCCUGAGUGUAUUUUCCAGACUUGGAGGAGGCAGUUCAGAGGCUGAGCAGUGAUUUUUUUUUUUUUUAAUAACUUUUAUUAAGCUUCAAGUGAACGUUUACAAAUCCAAUCAGUCUGUCACAUAUAAGUUUACAUACAUCUCACUCCCUACUCCCACUUGCUCUCCCCUUCUUGAGUCAGCCCUUUCAGUCUCUCCUUUCUUGACAAUUUUGCCGGCUUCCCUCUCUCUCUAUCCUCCCAUCCCCCCUCCAGACAAGAGUUGCCAACACAAUCUCAAGUGUCCACCUGAUAUAAUUAGCUCACUCUUCAUCAGCGUCUCUCUCCCACCCGCUGACCAGUCCCUUUCAUUUCUGAUGAGUUGUCUUCGGGGAUGGUUCCUGUCCUGUGUCAACUGAAGGUCUGGAGAGCAUGGCCGCCGGGAUUCCUCCAGUCUCAGUCAGACCAUUAAGUUUGGUCUUUUUAUGAGAAUUUGGGGUCUGCAUCCCACUGAUCUGUUCCCUCAGGGGUCCUCUGCUGUGCUCCCUGUCAGGGCAGUCAUCGAUUGUGGCCGGGCACCAACUAGUUCUUCUGGUCUCAGGAUGAUGUAGGUCUCUGGUUCAUGUGGCCCUUUCUGUCUCUUGGGCUCUGAGUUGUCGUGUGGCCUUGGUGUUCUUCAUUUUCCUUUGCUCCAGGUGGGUUGAGACCAAUUGCUGCAUCUUAGACGGCCGCUUGUUAGCAUUUAAGACCCCAGACGCCACAUUUCAAAGUGGGAUACAGAAUGAUUUCAUAAUAGAAUUAUUUUGCCAAUUGACUCAGAAGUCCCCGCAAACCAUGUUCCCCAGACCCCCGCACUUGCUCCGCUGACCUUUGAAGCAUUCAUUUUAUCCCGGA